CUUAUUUGAUAUAAUUAAUCAAAUUCCAUGAGUGCUAUAUUAAGUCAGGACGAUUUGAACGACUUUAUAUCGCCCGGUGUGGCGUGUAUCAAACCGAUGACUCAGCCUAGUGAAGAGGAGAGUCGAACUGGGGAAGUUGAAAUUCAAAUUGAUGAGCAAGGUAAUCCACUUGAGAUCUCCAAGAUUGAUCAAAAAGUUAAGCAACUAGCUCCAGCUCAGAUCUCAUUAAGUGAUUGUCUUGCCUGUUCUGGUUGUAUAACUUCAGCUGAAGAAGUUUUAGUGGCUCAACAUUCUCAUGAUCAACUCCUUCAAUCGUUAAAAGAUCAAAAUAAAAUAUUUGUAGUAUCUAUAUCUCAUCAAGCAAGAGCUUCAUUGGCUAUGGCUUAUAAUUUAUCAGUUAAUAAACUAGAUAAAUAUCUCAUAAAUUUAUUUAUUCAUCAACUUAAUUUUUCAUAUAUUGUCGGUACCUCCUUGGGCCGUAAAUUGAGUCUUAUUAAUGAAACUAAAAAUAUUAUUAAAACUAAAAAAGAAUUAAAAUCUUUAGAUGGUCCAUUAUUAUCAUCUAUAUGUCCUGGUUGGGUCCUUUAUGCAGAAAAGACUCAUCCUCAUGUAUUAUCCCGAAUGUCAGAUGUUAAGUCACCUCAACAAAUUACUGGUAAUAUGUUAAAAAAUUUAGUUAGUACUCAAUUAGGAGUAUCUAAACAAGAUGUAUAUCAUUUAUCAAUUAUGCCAUGUUUUGAUAAAAAGCUUGAAAGUGCUAGACCAGAAAAGUUUGAUAAUGAAUUAGAGCAAUAUAAUGAUGUAGAUUGUGUAUUAACUCCUAAGGAAUUAGUUACUUUAUUAGGUCAACAUGAAGAUCAAUACCAAUUAACUGCACCACUUGUUGAAGAUAAUGAUGUCAAACAAUUAUACGAAAAGUAUGCCCCGCGUCAUUGGCCAUUAGUGCAAUAUUCAUGGUCAAAUGAUUCAGGAUCUACUUCAGGUGGUUAUGGAUGGAAUUAUUUAAAGCUUUACCAGCAACAUUUAAUAUCACAAGACCCAACAAAUUAUCAACACGAAAACUUUAAGAUUCUGAUAGUUAAUGGGAAGAAUUCCGAUAUUUACGAAAUGAGAUUAAACUAUAAUGGACAAGUUAUUGCAUCAAGUGCGGUAGUUAAUGGAUUUCGGAAUAUUCAGAAUCUUGUACGGAAGCUUAAGAACCCUACUGCUGGAUCUGGUGCAAAGAAAAUCAAUCCAUUAGUGGCUAGACGUCGUGCUAGAUUACUGAAGAGUUCUAGUCCAUCACCUGCACCUUCUGCUGGAUCAGAGGAUAGUGGAAGUACUAUUGGUACUGCAGAAGAGAUUGAUAUUCUUAAAACAGAUUAUGUUGAAAUCAUGGCAUGUCCUAAUGGAUGUAUUAAUGGAGGAGGACAAAUCAGUGCUCCUGAGAGUAUUACUGAAAAGGAUUGGGUUGCAGAAGUUAUAUUAAAGUACAGUAAUAUAGAGAUGAUAGAUUUAACAACCAAUUUAGAUAUUAUACAAUAUUUAAAUGAUUGGACAAAUGAGUACUGUCAAACAUUUAAUGUAUCACCACAACGAUUAUUAACUACUUGGUUUAAGGAGGUGGAGAAGAUAUCCGAUCCUGCAACUAUGCUUUUAGGGGCUAAGUGGUAACGAUUGUGGGGGUUAUGAUAGUUUAUGUAUAUGUAUUAUAAUAUUAUUUAUUUUAUAGAGGUAUUGAUGUACAUAGGAUCAAUUUUAAU